AAAGAACAUGUCAUAUGUCAUAAAUAAAUUUUUGUUUGUUUUUAUUUUUUUAGUGCUUUAAUUUUGCUGUUUUAUUUAUGUGUUCGGUAAUUAUUAAUUAUUAGAUGAUCUAUUCGUUUCGAUCGUAAACCAACAACUCUAACGAUUACCAUCAAAAUGAAUUUUUACGAUCCCUUGUAGCAAACUAAUGACGUUAACUGAAAUUCUGUCAAUGCAAUUUUCCGAUUUAAGCGACGUUAAAAUGCCUUGAAGAAUCCCGAAGCAUGCAAUAGAAAUUAUUGCCAAAUGUAGUCGUCCGAAGUAUAAUUACAAUUCGUAUUUAUGUAAUGCAUAAGUAGCGUAAUAUGAACACCACGGCCGAGCAGAACCUUUUAUCUCAACCUCUGAGGGUGGAAACCGACGAUACCGUUCACCCCGAAGAAAAUUACUUCGAAGAAGAGGGCAAUUUCAACGAAAACGGCAACAAUGACAACUCGGACUCCCUCGGACCGCUACCGCCCAAAUGGGAAAAAGCCUACACAGAAAGCGGAGAAGUUUAUUUCAUCGACCACUCGACCGGUACAUCCCAUUGGUUGGACCCGAGGCUGUCGAAAUUCCAAAAGAAAACCCUCGAAGACUGCAUGGACGACGAGCUACCGUACGGCUGGGAAAAAAUCAGCGAUCCCCACUACGGCACCUACUUCAUAGACCACGUGAACCGAAGAACUCAGUACGAAAACCCGGUGAUACAAGCCAAACGGGCCGCCUCCCAGUCAUCGGCCAGGAUCAGCAGGACAUCGUUCACGAAAGACCCCGCCGAGCUCUGCGGCCAGCGCUUCAAGACCUCCCUCGUGAAGUCCUCGAGGGGCCUCGGCAUCACCAUAGUAGGCGGCGACGACAACGUAGACGAAUUCCUGCAAAUCAAAUCGGUGGUACCGAAAGGCCCCGCUUGGCUCGACGGCCGGCUGCAAACCGGCGACGUGAUUGUAUUCGUGAACGACACCUGCGUGUUGGGCUACACGCACAACCAGAUCGUCAGGCUUUUCCAGUCCAUCGGCGUCGGUUCGACGGUUUGCCUCGAAGUGUGCCGGGGGUAUCCUCUGCCGUUCGAUCCGAACGAUCCCAAUACCGAAGUGGUGACCACGAUAGCCGUAGACACUCACAUACAGCCCAUCGCGAACGAAAAGUCCUUCGUGGAUACGAAUUAUAAUUUCAUCGAAAGCGAGGAGGUCUCGCGCGACAAGACGCUGUCGGAUUCCAACAACGAUUUGGACGAUUUGCUGAAGGGAAUCGGAAACGUUUCCGUUGGUAAAAUAGACGUGCAAGUUCGGAUCGUAAAGGGCAACCUGGGUUUCGGGUUUACUAUAGCCGACAGCGCUUGUGGACAGAGAGUGAAGAAGAUCCUCGACCACCAGAGAUGCAAGAAUUUAAUGGAGGGGGAUAUACUGGUGGAAAUAAACGAGAUUUCCCUGCAGAAUAUGUCGCACGACGAGGUGGUGCAAGUGCUGAAGAACUGCGCUUAUAACAGCGAGGCGACGAUUCGAGUCCAACGGGGCUGUCCGAAGACUCCUACGGUACGAAACAAGACCAGGAAAUUGGACGUUCGCUUCAACGGAAAGGACAUCAACAACGUUUACCGCAGCAAAACACCCACAGCCGAUAUUUACAGUACUCAACCUAGGGAAAUACUGCCCAGUAGGCCGAAAACGCCGUUGGUAGACACGAGGGGUUUAUCGAAGACCUCCAUCAAAGACAUCAACUCGAACUCCAACCACGAACUAUACAAACACGACUACCUAAACGACAACGUAAACAGCUCCGAGAGGCCUCGAUUGAGGUUGUCGCUGAUAGACAACCAGGACGAGGACGCGGACGACGUAGAUUUAGCUGAAAACCAAAACAGAACGAUGAGCGAGUACCCCCAAUUAGACGCCAGGUUCAGCCUGUACAACCCGAUUCCUCACCGGUACGACUGCUCGUGCGCGUACUGCUCGAACCCCCGGCCCGAUCCCGGCGAUCCCUACGACAACGCCAAGAAGUACCCGGCAGGCAACGACUGGUGGUUCCACUCGCCCGAAUACCUCACGACUAUAGUGACUUUGCAUCGACAAGAAACCGGAUUCGGCUUCAGGAUCAUCGGCGGCAUCGAAGAUAAAUCACAAGUGGCUGUCGGGCAUAUAGUAGCAGGCGGGGCGGCCGACGUGGACGGCAGGAUACGCUCGGGCGACGAGAUCGUCAGCGUGGAUGGGUAUUCGGUGAUAAAGGCGUCCCAUCGGCAAGUGGUGCAAUUGAUGAACGCCGCCGCCACCAGGGGGCAGGUGAAUCUCGUGCUGAGGCGGCGCGUCCAUCCGGUGAACGCGGGGGCCUCGUAUUGGACGGUGGACGGUCACUCGCAGAUGCCGGUUAACAUGACGCUGAUACCGGCGAAUUCGCAUUUGGUUUCGUCAACGCACGAGGUCACCGUGCAGAGGACCGAGAACGAGGGGUUCGGGUUCGUGAUUAUAUCGUCGGCUAAUAAAAUUGGUUCUACAAUCGGACGAUUGAUUGAAGAUAGUCCGGCGGAGAGAUGCGGAAGGCUCAGAGUUGGAGAUUACAUAGUAGCUGUGAAUCACAUCGACAUCACGCAUUACAAUCACGGGGAUAUCGUGAAUUUGAUCAAAGAGUCCGGACUGUCGGUCACCCUGACUAUAGCUCCGAAUCCGGACCUUUGAUUUGCGCUAGUUUUAUUUGUAAAUAAUUUGCUCACUGUCGGUUACAGAACGUUUUUGAGUUCACACAUUCUUUUUCGUUUUGGUAGCGUUCGCAUGUCGAAUACGUAGGAUAUGUCUGUACUGAUUCUUCGAAUUUUAAAAUGUAUUUUUUCAUGACGAUGUGUGAUAGUAAAAAAGUCUAAAUAACGUCCAGUAACGCGUAAUGAUUUAUUUAAUUUUAAAUUGUAAACCAAAAAUUUUUUUGUAUGUACGAACGAACUGAGAGGUUUUUUUUAACGUAGUAAAUUAAUUUUAGAUAUCAUUUUUAGUGUACGUUUUAUGUAGCAAUGAUGCAAUUUCUAAUAUCUAAUAUACGCAGUAGUUAACAGUUUUAAGUUUUAAACAGUUUUUUUUUCUUAUGUAACGUUAAAACUUGCCAUAAAAAAAUUAGGGCUAGCCUUUAUAUACUCAAGGAAUAAAAAUGCAAAAAUAGCUAAAUUAUAUUAUAUGCAAUAAUGGUUGAAAAGAUUUAUAAAAGUUAACUUUUUUAUACAUUAAUUGUGUCGAUUUGUAUGUAAAAUUCAUACCACUGUGUUCAUUGUUGUGACUUAAUUUCGAACAAAACAUGUUUACUUUACACUUAGCGUUCUAACGAAUAUAAUAUAGCUAGUAAUUAUGUUUUUAUAUUUUAUACAAAGAGUAAUUUCUAUUAAAUAUAAAACUGUUUCAUUAAAUUUGUACGUUUUUGAUUAUACGAGAACAGAAAUAAAACCACAUUUUCA